AUGGCUCGUAAGCGUAAGGGGCACACCCUUAACGACUGCCCCAAGGAUCUAAACGACAUUCCGUACAUCCGCUUGAUGAACCAGCAGAUCGCCAACGUGCGCCAUCCUAGGGGAUUAUCCGCGCCGCCCGUGCUUGACGGCCAGGGAUCCAGGUCCGAUAAGGGCAAAGGCAAGUCGGCGCAACCUGCAGCACGCCCGGAGCCGCGGAAGAAACGGGCGGCAGCACCAGUCGAGUGGGGCUUAUGGCCAGACAAGGAGAGCACCAUUUUCGCAGCGGCGAUAUGGUUCAUGAAGGAGGAGCUCGAGCCUCUCAAGGGGAAGCAGGGGACGCAAUACUGGGUCCGGCUGCUCGCACACAUCAAGGAGUCGAACCCCGGAUGGUGCAGGGGAGUCAAUGCACUGCAGAAGCAGUGGCGUAACUUGGUGCUCCUUUGGCGGGAGUACAAGCGUGCCGACGGGGGGUCGGGCAACGGCUCAGUGGAGAAACCACCAUGGUAUCCGUACCUGGAGCUGCACAACCAAGACACCGCCGCAGCCGCACCGCAUGCGGUGGACGGAGGCGUCGCGACUAACAUCAAUGUGCCAGCCGUCAUGGAGGUUCCAACUUCGUCCCAGCCAGGCACGUCAACACCAUGCUUUACGGCUCUGCCACCGACGACCACUGCCACACCCAAGCGCGCGCGGGUGCAUGAGACGGCUACCAUGCAAGCGGCCAUGCUGGUCUCCGCCACCAUCAAGGACUGCCAUGGUGAUGCGAUGACUCGCAUUGAGGGCCUCGUCCGUGAAUGGAUGGCGCAAGACAUGCAACUUGCCCGCGAGCGCAUGACUGAAUCGGCUCCCCCGGAUGUGCACCGAGCGUCGCCGGAUUUCUCCCCUCCUCCGCCACGCGGGGAGUCCGCGCCACCUCCCGAAGCUGCACAGCCGCGAGAAGAUGUGGGCAACAUCAACACCGUCACUCCGGCUAUUGAGGAUGUGGAGAUAUGGGUGCGGGGCCCCAACGAUUAG